UUAAAAGAAAGGUUUUUGAGGAUGAGGAGACAUGGACACUUGCUGUCCUUGGCCUCGUUCGGAUGCCGAGACUAGACCCAAGGCCUCACUUUCGGCAGAUGUAUGGAAUGCCAAUCUCCACCUGGAGAACUUUGGGAACACAUAUUUGGGUGGUAGGAUUUGCUCACUGAAUGCGACACUUGGGUUCUUGUUCAUCAUUCCUUACGCCACUGGAGAUCAACCGUCCAAAUCUGGAGUAGUGGUGAAUCUUGACAUGUUUAUCCAUUUUGUGGAAAGGCAGUAUACCACCACCAUCAACAAGCACUUCUGUCUCAAUCGAACACCAGAUUUCAUAACUGUAAAGAAUUAUGCAGAGGGCACAAGAUGA